CCGGCGGGCCGCCCGGCGGAGGCGGCUGCGCCAUGGACGAGGCGCCCUUCAGCGAGGCGGCUCUGGAGCAGGCGCUGGCCGAGCCGUGCGCCCUGGACGCGGCGCUGCUGACCGACAUCGAAGGUGAGGUCGGCGCGGGGAGGGGCCCGAGUCAGCCGCCUGGACGCCCCGAGGGGGCGGGCGCGGACCGCCGAGCCAUGGAUUGCACGUUCGAAGACAUGCUUCAGCUCAUCAACAACCAAGAGAGUGACUUCCCUGGCCUGUUCGACCCACCCUAUGCUGGGGACGGGGAAGGAAGCACAGACCCCGCCAGCCCUGAUGCCGGCUCCCCAGGCAGCUUGUCCCCACCUCCUGCCACGUUGAACUCCCCUCUUGAAGGCUUCCUGGGGGGACCCAAGGCAGCGCCCUCACCCUUGUCCCCUCCCCAGCCCGCACCCACCCCAUUGAACAUGUACCCAUCUGUGCCCACUUUUUCCCCUGAGCCUGGUAUCAAGGAAGAGUCAGUGCCACUAAGCAUCCUGCAGCCCCUCACCCCACAGCCCCUUCCAGGAGCCCUCCUGUCCCAGAGCUUUCCAGCCCCAACCCCACUGCAGUUCAGCUCCACCCCUGUGUUGGGCUACCCCAGCCCUCCUGGAGGCUUCUCUACAGGGACUCCUGCGAGCACCCAACAGCCGAGCACCCAGCAGCCGCUGCCUAGCCUACCACUGGCUUCCCCGCCAGGGGUCCCGCCCGUUUCCUUGCACACCCAGGUCCAGAGUGCAGCCCCCCAGCAGCUACUGACAGCCACAGCUGGCCCCACAGCAGCCCCAGGAACGACCACUGUGGCCUCACAGAUCCAGCAGGUCCCGGUCCUGCUGCAGCCCCACUUCAUCAAGGCAGACUCACUGCUCCUGACGGCUAUGAAGACAGAUGUGGGGGCCACUGUAAAGGCGGCAGGCCUUAGCCCACUGGUCCCUGGCGCGGCUGUGCAGACAGGGCCCUUGCAGACACUGGUGAGUGGUGGAACCAUCUUGGCAACGGUGCCACUGGUUGUGGAUGCUGACAAGCUGCCCAUCAACCGGCUGGCAGCUGGCAGCAAGGUCCCAGGCUCGGCCCAGAGCCGUGGUGAGAAGCGCACAGCCCACAAUGCCAUUGAGAAGCGCUACCGCUCCUCCAUCAACGACAAGAUCGUCGAGCUCAAGGACCUGGUGGUGGGCACUGAGGCGAAGCUGAAUAAAUCUGCUGUCUUGCGCAAGGCCAUAGACUACAUCCGCUUUCUACAGCACAGCAACCAGAAACUCAAGCAGGAAAACCUGAGUCUGCGCACUGCUGCCCACAAAAGCAAAUCCCUGAAGGAUUUGGUGUCCGCCUGUGGCAGUGGAGGCAGCACAGAUGUACUCAUGGAGGGCGUGAAGACCGAGGUGGAGGACACGCUGACGCCACCACCCUCGGAUGCCGGCUCGCCCUCCCAGAGCAGCCCUUUGUCCCUUGGCAGCAGGGGCAGUGGCAGUGGUGGCAGUGGCAGUGGCAGUGACUCCGAGCCUGACAGCCCAGCCUUCGAGGACAGCCAGGUGAAGCCGGAGCAGCGGCCGUCUCCCCAUAGCCGGGGCAUGCUGGACCGUUCCCGCCUGGCCCUGUGCACACUGGUCUUCCUCUGCUUGUCCUGCAACCCCUUGGGCUCCCUGCUCGGGGGCUGGGAAGCUCCUGCCCCUGCGGAUGCCACCAGUGUCUACCACAGUGCUGGGCGCAACAUGCUGGGCGCCGAGGGCAGAGAUGGGCCUGGCUGGGCCCAGUGGCUGCUGCCCCCCCUGAUCUGGCUCCUCAAUGGGCUGCUGGUGCUGGCCUCCCUGGCGUUCCUCUUUGUCUACGGAGAGCCAGUCACGCGCCCCCACUCGGGCCCCGCCGUGCACUUCUGGAGGCAUCGCAAGCAGGCCGACCUGGACCUGGCCCGGGGGGACUUUGCUCAGGCCACCCAGCAGCUGUGGUUGGCCCUGCGAGCGCUGGGCCGGCCCCUGCCCACCUCCCACCUGGACCUGGCCUGCAGCCUACUCUGGAACCUCAUCCGCCACCUGCUGCAGCGUCUCUGGGUGGGCCGCUGGCUGGCAGGCCGGGCAGGGGGCCUGCAAAGGGACUGCGCCCUGCAGGCGGAUGCUCGCACCAGCACCCGAGACGCGGCACUUGUGUACCAUAAGCUGCACCAGCUGCACACCACGGGGAAGUACACAGGCGGGCACCUCACUGCCACCAACCUGGCACUGAGUGCCCUGAACCUGGCAGAGUGUGCGGGGGAUGCCAUGUCUGUGGUGACACUGGCAGAGAUCUACGUGGCGGCUGCGCUGAGAGUCAAGACCAGUCUCCCGCGGUCCUUGCAUUUUCUGACACGUUUCUUCCUGAGUAGCGCCCGCCAGGCCUGCCUGGCACAGAGUGGCUCAAUGCCUCUUGCCAUGCAGUGGCUCUGCCACCCCGUGGGCCACCGUUUCUUCGUGGACGGGGACUGGGCCGUGCGCAGUGCCCCUCGGGAGAGCCUGUACAGCUUGGCCGGGAACCCAGUGGACCCCCUGGCCCAGGUGACACAGCUAUUCCGAGAACAUCUCUUGGAGCAAGCACUGAACUGUGUGGCCCAGCCCAGCACUACCCCCAGCCCUGGGUCAGCUGAUGGGGACAGGGAAUUCUCAGAUGCCCUCGGGUACUUGCAGUUGCUGAACAGCUGUUCCGAUGCUGCUGGCGUUCCUGCCUGCAGCUUUUCCAUCAGCUCCAGCAUGGCCACCACGGGCACAGACCCGGUGGCCAAGUGGUGGGCCUCGCUGACGGCUGUGGUGAUCCACUGGCUGCGGCGGGAUGAGGAGGCGGCUGAGAGGCUGUACCCGCUGGUGGAACACCUGCCCCGUGCCCUGCAGGAGUCCGAGAGACCCCUGCCCAGGGCGGCUCUGCACUCCUUCAAGGCUGCACGGGCCCUGCUGGGCUGUGCAAAGGCAGAAUCUGGCCCAGCCAGCCUGACCAUCUGUGAGAAGGCCAGUGGGUACCUGCGGGACAGCCUGGCCACCACACCAGUUGGCAGCUCCAUUGACAAGGCCGUGCAGCUGUUCCUGUGUGACCUGCUCCUCGUGGUGCGAACCAGCCUGUGGCGGCAGCAGCAGCCUCCGGCACCUGCCCAGGCGUCCCAGGGCGCCAGUGUCAGGGCCCAGGCCUCUGCCCUCGAGCUGCGUGGCUUCCAGCGGGACCUGAGUGGCCUCAGGCGGCUGGCACAGAGCUUCCGGCCUGCCAUGCGGAGGGUGUUCCUACAUGAGGCCACGGCCCGGCUGAUGGCGGGGGCCAGCCCCACGCGGACGCACCAGCUCCUGGACCGCAGUCUGAGGCGGCGGGCAAGCCCAGGUGGCAAAGGAGGCGCGGCGGCGGAGCUGGAGCCGCGGCCCACGCGGCGGGAGCACGCGGAGGCCCUGCUGCUGGCGUCCUGCUACCUGCCGCCCGGCUUCCUGUCGGCGCCCGGGCAGCGCGUGAGCAUGCUGGCCGAGGCGGCGCGCACGCUCGAGAAGCUGGGCGACCGCCGGCUGCUGCACGACUGCCAGCAGAUGCUCAUGCGCCUGGGCGGCGGGACCACCGUCACCUCCAGCUAGACUCCGGGCGGCGUUCCUGCCCUGCGCCCGUCUCCAGCGGCCGCGGCCCUUGCGGUCUGCGUUCCGGGUCCGAGCCCUGAAGGCCGAAGGCAGCACCGGAGGCCCCGGUCUGCACCGUUCAGCCAUGGCUGCACUGUCCCUGGCGGGUGGGAGCCCGCGGGGACCUUUGUCUUGCCCUGGGGGCCGGAUGGCCGCGCCCCCACCACCCCAGCCGGCUCCUCAGCCCGACGAGCGGCCGCCGGGAUGGUGCUGACCUCUGGUGGCCGGUCGGGACAUUGCAGGGCCCGAGCCUGCCGGGCGCCGCUUCUCGCUGAGCGGGCUCCUUGCUGGCUCUUCCCCUCCUGUCUAGAGGAAAGAGACGGUACGUUUCGCCGAAUUGAGGGGGGCCAGUGUGGCUUUCCCGGCUGCAACGGGGGGCCCUGCCCCAAGGUGUGUCUCUCCCUUCUAGGGAGACUUGUAUAUAGUGUAGAGCAGUGCGCUGGCCUCCGGGCCUCACGUACUACCAUGCCUUUUGCAAACUUUAUUUUCAUAGGGUGAGUUUUGUACAGAGAAAUAAAGUGAAAUUAUUUAUAACCUAGGUUUUGUUCCUUUGCGGAGGAGGGUGUGUGCCUCAGCUGAUGGACAUGCUGACCAGCAAGUGUCCUUUGGGCCUUCCCCCCUACCUACGCAUAGGCUUCCCAUCCCCCACCCACCCCAGUGAAAUUUACCUUUCGUGGGGGAUGGGGAGGGGUGGCUGGCUGACCUCCAGCUGACCUGUCCCACUGAUCUCUGGGCCACCUUUGGGCUGAUCAACCUUGGGGCCUUGAUAGGCUUAGCUGUCCCUUCUCACCUACCAGCUCUGCCCCCAUCGGGUCCUAGGGUGACAUGGGAGAAUAGACUCAAGUGUCCUCAAGGACCUGUUGUGACAGGAGCUACAACUGGAUCUCUGUAUGUUCGGGGUGUCUCAGCUCCCCCACUCUGUCCCCUGGUCAUCUCUCACAGCUUGGGGAAGCCUUGAGGGGGAGGCAUUCGGGCUGCAGGGGCGUCCAGUUCUUACAGUAAGGGGCAGACUCCCUGACCCAUCUGUGCCCCCACCCCCAAAGCCUGGCCCCUGUCCCUGGGUAAUCUGGUCAGAAUCCACGGGCUGCAGACUUUCCAAAACAAUCGUUGUAUCUUUAUUGACUUUUUUUUUUCUGAAUGCAAUGACUGUUUUUUACUCUUAAGGAAAAUAAACAUCUUUUAGAAACAG